AUGGGGCCACUGAGUUGUGGGUGUGAAGGAAGUCAGAAGGUGGUGGAGAAGCAGGUCACAUGUGCAAAUUUAACCAAUGGUGGAAAAUCAGAACUUCUAAAAACAGGCAGUUCUAAAUCCACGCUAAAGCACAUAUGGACAGAGAGUAGCAAAGAUUUAUCCAUCAGCCGGCUGCUAUCACAGACUUUUCGUGGCAAAGAGAAUGAUACGGAUUUGAGCCUGCGAUAUGAUGCCCCAGAAACAUAUUCUGAGCAAGAUCUCUGGGACUGGCUGAGGAACUCCACGGACCUUCAAGAGCCUCGACCCAGAGCAAAGAGACGGCCCAUUGUCAAGACUGGGAAGUUUAAGAAAAUGUUUGGCUGGGGCGAUUUUCAUUCCAACAUCAAGACAGUCAAGUUAAAUCUGUUGAUAACUGGGAAAAUAGUGGAUCAUGGUAAUGGGACAUUUAGCGUUUACUUCAGGCAUAAUUCCACUGGCCAAGGGAAUGUAUCUGUCAGUUUGGUGCCCCCGACGAAAAUUGUGGAGUUUGACUUGGCACAACAAACAGUGAUUGAUGCCAAAGAUUCCAAGUCCUUUAACUGCCGCAUUGAGUAUGAGAAGGUUGACAAAGCCACUAAGAACACGCUCUGCAACUACGACCCUUCAAAAACAUGUUAUCAGGAGCAGACCCAAAGCCACGUCUCCUGGCUCUGCUCCAAGCCGUUUAAAGUCAUCUGUAUUUACAUUUCCUUUUAUAGCACAGAUUAUAAACUAGUACAGAAGGUGUGUCCUGAUUACAACUACCACAGCGACACGCCUUACUUCCCUUCAGGUUGA